UCCUGACAAGCACUUUUUAUUGGUUCAGUGUUAGAGUCACGUGAAACUCCACGGAAUGUGACGGUAUACAUGCAAGUCUUUUACGUUUAAGGUUUAGUUGUAGGGAGUGUUGAUUUUCAGGCAUUUACUUAGUUCACGAGUACAAUUUAAAAUGUUGAGGAUCCGUGAAAUUAUUUUAAGCGUUACAGUUUUAUUUGUUGUAGUAUUUCUGACCAUUCAAGUAUCGGCUAUUAAAUGCUGGAGAUGUCGAUCUGAUCUUGAUCCUAGAUGUGCUGAUCCGUUUGAUAACACCUCUCUUCCUAUCACUGACUGCAGUGUCUAUUCCUUCGAACACUUGCCAGGAAUGAAAGCCACAAUGUGUAGAAAAAUGCGCCAGAAAGUGUAUGGACAGUGGCGCUAUAUUCGUUCUUGUGCUUUCUUGGGAUCACCUGGAGAAGGAACUGGAGAUGAAUCUUACUGUCUCAUGAGAACAGGAACGUUUGACGUAUUUGUUGAAACUUGCACCUGUAAUAGCAAAGACGGUUGUAAUAGUGCUACCAGUGUAUACAGAAAUUUACCAAAGCUUUUGUUUCUGUUAAGUGUAAUCUUUGUUUUGACCCAUUAUAUUUUUACAGAACGAGUCUGUAUUUAAGUGAUGCGACAUUGUUUUGUUUACAGUUUAAUUGCAAAAUGAAUUGACUUCCAUAAGACAGUGCCUGAAUAGUCUACAAGUGCUGGCUUAUUUCUGAGAAGAAUAUACGACAAUUUGUCAUAUAAAUUGUGUAGUGUUCUAUACAGAUAGAGUUGGAGUCAGUUAUAAUAGAAAUAUGUAUCUUUUUUUUUUUUUUUUGGUAAGACUGCGAUUUUUAGAAACUGUCAGUCAGAAACUCUGAACUGCUGUGAUAUCGAAAACUUGUUUUUUGAAAGAAUCCGUCCGGAUUCAGAUAUAUAAUACCCGUCCAUUUUAAAACUUUACAAGAAUUUCACAAAACGUGAUAAAGACGUUUGUAUAAUUCGUUACUCUAUAUAAACACCAUGGAAACUUUGCUAGCACCUUGAGAUUUUUUCGAAAAGUAAGAAAGUAGCAGAAAGCUACAACAAUGGAGCGACUGAGUCUUGACGUUACUGUGGAUCCGAUGUUGUUACGUGGUCGAAAGAUUAUGUGAGAACAAGACUAAUUAUAACAAUAUAGGCUUAACUCAUGUGAUAGCUAGUUGUACUCGUUACGUCGAUUUUCCAUUGUCAUCGAUUAAUGUAAUUUCUAUAUAACACUUAACAUUUAUUUUAUAUUGCGUAUUGAUAUCACUUCCUUAUUCCAAUUUUCUUUGACUUAAGGAACUACAUUCGUCUUUUCUCAGAUUUGUUCUUUUCUAUCUCCUCAGGUUUAUUUUGGGUCAUUGGGCGCGUAGAUAUACAUUAUACCUGUCUUAGGUGAAAGAAAAGUCUCGUGACUUUGAAAUAUUAACUUAUCCGGUACCGUCUUGUUGUAGCAAAACUGUAUUUAUGUAACAAUAAAUCGUA